CAUGGAUUGGACAUUCACUUUGUAUUAAACAUUUUUCUUUUAAAAGUGUAACAGAUAUCAUUGGAUCCAGUGUGAUAAUUUUUAUAAACAAUUCGGAAAUUUUUUGGAAAACGAGCGAAAUCUUCAGGAUAUCGAUGUAGCACAAGAAAAUUGAAAUAUGCAGAGGCGAUAUCAGUUUUCAGGCGAUAGUGAUGAGCAACCGCUCUUGGAAACAAUUGAACAUAAAGAAAACUGGGAUAGAUUCAAAAAUGAACCACGAACGUCGCCGACUGGUUCAACAAUGGACACCUCAUUGAUAGAUUUUGGGGUGAAAUUGUUGAAACUGGUCACUGUAAUUGUUACAUUCAAUGUCGUGCUUGGUACUGCAGUUAUUUCCAAGGGUACCCUAUUAUUCAUGACAUCACAAGUUAAAAAUAAUACGAUGAGACCAUACUGCAAUAAACAUAUUGAUACGAGGCAGCAGUUUGUUGUUACUAUUACUGAAAAUGAAAGAGCAAUUUGGAUAUGGAUGAUCAUAUUUUCGUAUGUAGUUCCUGAGUUGGGCACUUUCAUCAGGUCAUUUCGAAUAAUUCUCUUCAAAACAUGGGUAUAUCCGACAUUUUGGAAAGAUUUUCUCCCGAUUUGUGUUACAGAACUACUGUCAGCUAUCGGAAGUGCCGUAUUAGUCUUUGGCGUUUUUCCAGAGUUAGAUGUUAUAAAAGGAGCUAUGUUGACAAACGCUGUUUGUAUUUUACCAGCAAUAUUGGCAAUGUUAUCCAGAUACUCCAGCUUAAAAAAUCGUAAAAUGGAGACUACCUUCAAAUGGAUUUUAGAUAUUGUAGCCAUACUAUCCCAAGCAACUGCCUUUGUUGUAUGGCCUUCUGUGGAAAACAAAACGAGUCUUUACAUUCUCAUACCAGUAUCCCUCAUUCUAAUAUCUAUUGGAUGGUGGGAGAAUUUCAUUUCAGACAACUCUGAAAUCGAUUUUCUGAACAAUUUGGGAAAGAACAAAAAGGAAUUCCAAAAUUCCACCUACUUCUCGUAUUGCAUAAUAGCGCCAAUGAAAUGCCUCAUUUUUUUCUGCGCCGCUUUGUUUAUAUUAUGGUCCAGACAAGGAGGUGUUGAUCUUCUGUUCAAUGACUUCAACGAUAUAUUCAGCACACACUACUUGAAUGUAUCUGAGAUUGAACCAAUUGUUGGAUCUUCUGGUAUCGACUACAUGGAUGCUGUAGCCACUGGUUAUGGUAUAGUGAAAGAAACCUCGAUAUGGGUUCCUCUGGUGGUAUGGAUGAUCAACUGUCUCACUACCUACUUAUGUUAUGCGUUCGGAAAAUUUGCAUGUAAAAUUCUAAUCCAGACUUCUGGUGUUGCUCUUCCAAUCAACCUUGCAGUACCUGUUCUCCUAACAGUUCUCGUAGUGGUUUGUGGCGACUACAAUAAGGACGAAUGCGCCUACGCCGAUGUUAUUCCACCAUAUUUGUUCUUCAACGUUCCUGCUUUGAGAAACCUGAUUAACUUCGUUACUAAUGAGCAUCCUUGGAUUUGGCUGUUGUGGUUACUGUCCCAAACUUGGAUAACAGUCCACAUCUGGACCAACUAUAACGACAAGUUGACUUCUACUGAAAUAUUAUUUUUGAGACCCAUGUAUGAUGCAUUCCUCAUAGACCAAUCAAUUGCAUUGAACCGGCGAAGACAAGUACCAGAAGUUAAAAUAGUUCAAGAGGACAGUCAUGACUUAGCGGCUCACAUCUUUUUUGACGACGCCUUCAUCAGAUAUGAGGGAGAUCCGGAGCCACAUAUCAACCAGUAUGUAGAGAAUCUUAUAGAAUCCGUCAAUUACGCAGCGAGCCAAGUACACGAAACAAAUGUUCGCGUCAAACCUCCGGUCAUUUAUCCCACUCCUUAUGGAGGUAGAUUAGUUUGGACUCUACCAGGAAAAACAUUGAUGAUAGCGCACCUGAAAGACAAAGCAAAAAUCAGAGCAAAGAAACGAUGGUCCCAAGUUAUGUACAUGUAUUACCUUCUUGGAUUUAGGAUAAUGGAUAAUGAUGAACUCACUCCGACGAGAAUCAAAAACCAGUCAAAAAAUACUUAUAUUCUUGCUUUAGACGGAGAUAUUGAUUUCAAACCAGAGGCAGUUCAUUUAUUGGUUGACUAUAUGAAGAAAAAUGAUGGUCUUGGAGCAGCAUGUGGUAGAAUCCAUCCUAUCGGAGCUGGUGCGAUGGCUUGGUAUCAGGUGUUUGAGUACGCAGUAGGACAUUGGCUACAGAAGGCAACAGAACACGUUAUUGGGUGUGUGCUGUGUAGCCCAGGAUGUUUCUCGCUCUUCAGAGCAGGAGCCCUCAUGGACGAUAAUGUAAUGGGCAAGUACACAACGGUUUCUACUGAAGCAAGGCAUUAUGUUCAAUAUGAUCAAGGCGAGGACCGAUGGCUCUGUACAUUAUUGCUACAAAGAGGUUACCGAGUGGAAUACUCGGCUGCAUCUGAUGCAUAUACUCACUGUCCAGAAGGUUUCAAUGAAUUUUUCACUCAGAGAAGAAGAUGGAUGCCUUCAACAACAGCUAAUAUAAUGGAUCUUCUGACAGAUUAUAAAUAUAUUGUCAAGCAAAACGACAAUAUUUCCACUUUAUACAUAUUAUAUCAAGGUUUCCUGAUGGUUGGUACAGUUAUUGGACCUGGAACUAUAUUCCUCAUGUUGGUGGGAGCAUUUAUUUCAGCUUUCAACAUAUCCCAAUAUGACAGUUUGAUCUUAAAUGCCGUGCCAGUUUUACUUUUCGUUAUCAUUUGCAGUUGUUGUAAGUCAGAUACGCAGUUAUUUUUUGCAGCCAUAAUGAGUGUUGUUUAUGCCUUGGUGAUGGUAAUGGUAAUGGUUGCAAUUAUGAUUCAAGUGGAAUACGAUGGUUUUCUAGCGCCCUCUUCGCUGUUUCUUUUUCUCACCGCCAUGUCAUUUGUAGUGGCUGCCGUCUUGCAUCCUCAAGAGUUUUAUUGCUUGAAAUAUGGAAUCAUAUAUUAUAUUACAGUACCAAGUAUGUACAUGCUGUUGGUAAUUUACUCCGUAUUCAACAUGAACAACGUGUCUUGGGGAACAAGGGAUGUGACCAUUGUGAGAAAACCAAAAACU